AUGGACUACGAGGCAUUGAAGGACCAGUGGAGUGAAGUUGAGGACCGCGAUGGUAUCAGGCUCAGUUGGAAUACCUUCCCUAGCACGCGCAUGGAGGCUUCCCGGCUCGUGGUACCAAUUGGAGCCAUCUACACCCCAUUGAAAGAGAAGCCCGAAUCCCCUUUGCUACAAUACGAACCCGUCACUUGCAAACAGCCUUGCAGAGCUGUUCUCAAUCCAUUUGCCAACGUUGAUAUUCGUGCUCGGAUCUGGAUAUGUCCCUUCUGUCUGCAACGGAAUCCCCUCCCCCCUCAUUACAAAGAUAUAACCGAAAAUGCAAUCCCGCCCGAACUUCAUCCACAAAGUACCACUAUCGAAUACCAGCUUGCGAGGCCAGCUCCAGCACCUCCUAUUUUCCUCUUUGUGGUCGAUACGUGCCAGGAGGAAGAUAGCUUGAAAGCUGUGAAAGACUCUCUUAUUAUGAGCCUUUCCCUGUUGCCCCCAAAUGCAUUGGUUGGCUUGAUUACCUAUGGCACUAUGGCCCAAGUCCACGAAAUAGGAUACACCGAAUGCGCCAAGUCAUACGUCUUCAGAGGAAGCAAAGAUUAUGCCGCGAAACAGGUCCAAGAGAUGCUCGGCCUCCUUGCCCCAGGACUUCGUCCACAAAUGCCCCAGCAACCUGGCCGGCCCAACCUGCCCUUGUCUCCAGCUGCAAGAUUCCUGCUCCCAGUGCAACAAGCCGAUUUCCAGAUCACGAACGUUCUCGAGCAAUUACAGCGGGACCCGUGGCCUGUGGCUAAUGACAAGCGACCGUUGCGGUGCACUGGUGUUGCUCUCAGUGUCGCUGUGGGGCUUAUGGAGACGUCAUUCCAGGGUGCUGGAGGUCGUAUUAUGCUUUUCACUAGCGGCCCUGCUACUGAGGGCCCUGGUCAUGUAGUUGGGCCGCAGCUUAAGGAGCCCAUGCGAUCUCAUCAUGAUAUUGAUCGGGAUAACAUUAAGUAUUACAAAAAGGCUUUGAAGUUCUAUGAAAGUCUUGCAAAGCGUGUUGCUCACAAUGGCCACAUUGUUGAUAUCUUCGCUGGCUGCCUAGAUCAGGUUGGUCUACUUGAAAUGAAAGGUUUGGCGAACUCUACAGGUGGCCAUAUGAUCUUGACGGAUAGCUUUACAUCUUCCCAAUUUAAACAAUCGUUUGUGCGAAUAUUCGAUAAGGAUCAGAAUGACAAUCUUCUGAUGGGUUUCAAUGCUUCGCUGGAGGUGCUCACAACCAAGGAAUUGAAGGUGACAGGCCUUAUCGGUCAUGCCGUCUCGCUGAACAAGAAAUCGAAUUCUGUUGGAGAAACUGAGUGUGGUAUUGGUAAUACCUGUUCGUGGAAGAUGUGUGGGAUUGACCCCAUGUCCAGUUACGGUAUCUACUUCGAAAUCGCCAACCAGGGAGGCCCAGCCCCGAUGCAACAGGGACCUAAUAGAGCCAUGAUCCAGUUCUUGACGUAUUAUCAGCAUUCGUCUGGACAAUACCAUCUCCGAGUCUCCACCGUUGCUCGAACUUUCAGCAGUCCAGCCGGCGACUCAGCACUCGCUCAAUCUUUCGACCAAGAAGCAGCUGCGGUGCUCAUGUCUCGAAUCGCAGUCUUCAAAUCCGAAGUUGACGACGGACCCGAUGUCCUGAGAUGGGUUGACAGAAUGCUCAUCAGACUCUGUUCUCGCUUCGCGGACUACAGAAAAGACGACCCCACCUCAUUCCGGCUGGAGAAGAACUUCACGCUCUAUCCACAGUUUAUGUUCCACCUGCGACGAAGCCAAUUUUUGCAGGUUUUCAACAAUUCCCCCGAUGAGACCGCGUUUUAUAGACAUGUCCUCAACCAUGAAGAUGUUGGAAACUCACUCAUUAUGAUCCAACCCACUUUGGAUUCCUAUUCCCUAGAGCAGGAGGGCAGCCAACCAGUCCUGCUAGACUCUGCUUCCAUCCAGCCCGCACAUAUACUGCUCCUGGAUACUUUCUUCCAUAUCCUAAUUUUCCACGGUGAAACCAUGGCGGCGUGGCGGAAGGCGGGCUAUCAUGAGCAAGAAGGUUAUGAGAAUUUCAAGGCUAUUCUUGACCAACCCAAGGAAGAUGCUAGGGAACUUAUCCAAGAUCGAUUCCCGCUCCCUCGCUUCAUCAUUUGCGAUGCAGGUGGCUCCCAGGCUCGUUUCUUACUUUCCAAGCUUAACCCAUCCACGACUCACUCCACCGGUGGCUACGGGGGAGGAGUGCAGUCUGCACAAACUAUCUUUACGGAUGAUGUUUCACUCCAGACAUUCAUGGAUCAUCUUAUGAAAGUGAAUGAGUUGCUGACCAAAAAAACUCAGAUUGGCCGUCUCGGGUACGAGUUGAAAAUUGAGGUUAGAGAAGUCCAAUGGUAA